CUUUGUAUAUUUUUUUAAGUGAUAUCGUAAGAAUAUGCUCCAUAGCACAAUUUAAAUCAAAGUCGUUUGCACUGGUUGCAAUUAUAAAUCGUAAUAAACAUAGUAAUGUAAUGACGUUAUUAACAUGUUAUGUAAAAUAAUACUAAUAGUAAUUAGUACACGAAUAUACAACAAGUAAAAUCUGAUUGUACAGUUUAAUGUUAUGUUGCUCUCUGAUGGCUCGGCGGUAAGCUUGAGAGUUUAUGAUGCUAAAAAUCAGGGUUUGAUGCCCAUUGUGUAGUUUUGCACUUAAACUUUAAGUUUUAAUACAAAAUAAUAAUGAAGGUUUUUACUAUUAGAUAUCUUGCCUUGAAUAUUAUGGUAUAACGAAUAUGGUGACAUGGGAGAAAAUAACCUAGCCAAUUGGAUGCUUAUGAAGUUGGUAGAAAAGUAAGGGAGUGAAUUGAAAAUUAGCACAGAAGUUGACAGCCAACAGUAGUGAUAAGUGAGAUUUUUUUAUAACUGAUAUCAGACUUGUGGCAUACCUCAGAGGUCUGUUUUAAUACAAAUAUCAAUGAUCCAUGUUGCCUUCAAGGCUGUCCUUGCACAUCCACUCUUGAGAAAGGUGAAAAUUUAUAUCUGCUCUUUAUUUUUCAGAAAAUCUUUGAUUCCCCUCAUGAAGUCUUAUAGGUUAUAAAAUGUUGGCCUUUACUACUGUCAGUAGCAACUUAUUCUAUAACUUAUAAGCCAAUCACUGUGUUGGAGAAAACUGUAUUAACUUGACACUAGCCUUCUAUUUCCAAAUCAUAAACUUGUGUCCUCCAUAAUUAUCCUAUUGUCUUCAGAAAAUAGCACGACAAAAUCAAGCUUUCAUCCUGUCGUUACAACGGAUAAUCUUACAAACUUCAAGAACACCACUUACCUUCAUUUCUCAAGAGAACAGUUCAGAAGACCAAAUUGUACACAGUAUUCCAAGUAUACUGACAUCUGAGACUUUUAUUUGCCAUGGAAGGAGAUAGAAAAAGUGAUAGUGACAGUUCUGAUUGGGAGGAUGCUGAAGAAAUGGAAAAAGAUAUUCCUGUCACGCCAGCAAUGUGUUUGUUCUGUGAAGUUACUUUUCCUCAUACAGAAGAGGUCUUUGAACACAUCAAAACAGAUCAUUCAUUUGAUAUAAUAAAAUUUGGUGUCAGAUUUCAUCUGGAUGCUGUUUUAUGGAUUAAGUUUGUGAACUUCAUGAGGAAACAGAAACUUAGUAUAUCUGAUCUCCAAGAAAUUUCCCCUAAUGUUAUUCCAUGGGAAGAAGAAAGCUACAUGACUCCAAGUUGCCCUGAUGAUUCUCUACUUAUAUUUGAUUUUGAAGACUUUAUAAGUAAUUACAAGUGCAACACUACUGAACCAUUGGAUGGAAAAUUUGUGAGUUUACCAAAGAAGAAAUAUUUGGAACUGUUACAAAGACUUUCACUAGCAGAGAGCAAGUUGGAAGAUCUACAAAAAGAUGUGGAGAAAAUGAGAUUAUCUGUCAGGAAUUCAUUUCUACAGUCUCAUGCUACUACUUCUCCUUCAGAUGUUUGGGAAAAGAGUGUCAGUUUGCUAAAAGAAGAAGAAGAUUGUUCCUACUUUGAUUCUUACUCUCAUUUUAGCAUACAUCAUGAAAUGUUGCAGGACAAAGCAAGAACAGAAGCAUAUCGAAAUGCCAUCUUCAAUAAUCGUGAUCUUUUCUGCAACAAAAUUGUUCUUGAUGUCGGUUGUGGAACUGGAAUCUUGUGUAUGUUUGCUGCUUCUGCAGGGGCUAAAGAGGUGGUAGGCAUUGACCAAUCAGAAGUUGUGUACCAUGCUGUUGACAUCAUCAGGGAAAACAACCUUCAGAACCAAGUAAUAUUAAAAAAGGGGCGUCUCGAAGAUGUAGAACUCCCCAUAGAGAAAGUAGACAUUGUGAUCUCUGAGUGGAUGGGCUACUUUCUUUUUUUUGAAGGAAUGAUAGACACGGUACUGUAUGCUAGAGACAAAUACCUGAUCAAGGGAGGCACCCUACUUCCAAAUAGAUGUACUAUUUCCUUGAUUGCUUUAUCUGAUGAAGACCUUUACCAAAGAUAUGUAAGGUUUUGGACAGAUGUUUAUGACUUUAAGAUGAGUUGCAUGAAGAAGGAAGUAAUUAAGGAAGCUACAAUUGAAUCAGUCAGAAAAGAGAAAGUCUGUAGUGAACCUGCAGUUGUUAAGGAACUCAAUUUGAUGUCCUGCUCUCCUGAAGAUUGUGAAUUUUCUUCAGAAUUUCAACUGAAAAUAAAUCAAAAUGGUGGUAUUACAGCUGUAGCUGGGUACUUUGACUGUUUUUUUGAUCUGGAACAUUCUGUGGAGCUGUCCACAUCUCCAUGGGUACCACUCACGCACUGGAAACAAACAGUGUUCCUUCUUUCUGAUCCAAUACCUGUCACACAAGGUGAUACAGUGAAUGGAAGAAUAUUUUGCAGGAGAAGUAGAAAAGAACGAAGAUCACUUUUGGUGACCAUAACUUUGGAGGAUUCAAGCCAGUCAUAUUUUUUAAGUUGAUUUUAGUUUUUUUAAUAAACUGUUUUAAUACUGAAGUUAUUUGUAUUUUUCAUUAAUUGAGUUUCAUACAGCCUAUAGCAUAACAUCUCUUGUAGAUCAUCACACAGUUGUUGGGUGCAAAUAAAUGAAAAAUUGUCACUAACUGCUAUAACAUAAUAAUUCUUUGAUAGUUAGUUUAGACAGAGUAUCCAUAUUGAGUUGACUGUGAAACGGGUGGCAACUGGCUAUUGGUAUACAAUCUAUUUAUGCAGCUCAAGUGUAGAGGACAACAUUUUGAAAGUGUUCUACCUUUUGUCUUCAAAACUUUCAAAAUCGUCCUCUACACACUUGAGCUGCAUAAGUAGAUUGUAUAGUCACUAAUAUAUUUCUACAAGUGUUUCUCUAAUAGGCAAUUGUGACCUGUUUCACAGUCAACUUGCCAUAAUAAUCUUGUAAAUUCAAAUUGUAAUCAACAUACGUAGAAACUUGGAAUUAAACCACAGUUAACUUGAUGUACUGUUGUAGAUGACUCUGUAAUAUUAUUAUGAAAAUCUGUAUCAUUAUAUAUUAUAAAUGAAAAACAUUAAAAAUCUCUUUCCAAAAUCAAA